GCAGAUACCGGUAUACAGAAGAGUUUUCUACCCUGAAACUUUCGAAAUAUGUCCAUAACAAAUUCGCUAAGACGCAUUUCGGGGCCCUUAUACAGCCGUUGGGUCGGAGCACUGAUUCCCCGAAACAUACACUCUACGGCGCACCUACGACACGGCGAAUACGAGUGGCAAGACCCAAAGAGCGAAGAUGAAAUUGUCAACAUCACGUACAUCGAUAAAGACGGCAAAGAGACACCGGUGCGGGGGAAGGUUGGAGAUAAUGUCCUCUACCUAGCACACCGCCACGGUAUCGAGAUGGAGGGAGCAUGCGAAGCAUCGCUCGCGUGCACCACGUGUCACGUGUACGUCCACGGUGACUAUCUCGAUCGCUUGACAGCACCGGAGGAAAAGGAGGACGAUCUGCUCGAUAUGGCUCCGUUUUUGAAAGAAAAUUCGCGCCUUGGGUGUCAAAUUGUGUUACAGAAAAAUUUAAACGGCAUACGGUUGCAGCUACCGCAGGCAACGCGCAAUUUCUACGUCGAUGGACAUAAACCAAAGCCUCACUAACCGACUGCACCGGUCCCCUCCAUCUUCGGGACAUGGACAGUUUGAUUGUAUGUUAUAUUUAGAGGGUAAAAUUGUUACAUAGAUCUAGUUUCGAGGGUAGACAAUAGAUAAAAGAAACUAGUCCUUUUAAAACGGGAUUGGGAUUACAGCGUGCCGCUUCGUUCGCUCACCGUCCCCGGACUGGAUGCUGAAUGACUGUGGACGGAUGAGUGUUUAG